AUGGGGCAACAUCGCAUUGUCAACUGUCUGCUUAUAACUGCAACAUUUUGUAGGCUAUGGCCUACUGCGGAGGCCGGGCCGUGGCCAUCAGGGAUCCUUGAUUACCCAGACACUGGUCGCUGGCGGGGCCAUGCGCUUGGCCUCAACGAGGGUAGCGCUACAGAUUACAACCCCAUCCCACGUGUGGAUCGCGCGCAGAGUACCCUAACGGAACCUUUUUUGAAGCAUGACAAGAAGAAAGGGAAUGGUGCAAAGGCACAACAUCCUCCAUUGCCGGUGGAACAGAAACCUGUGCUCGAUACUCCCAACGAGAAAAGCAAGCUAGUCCCUGAGUUGCGGCGCACCUGCUCACAAGUUCCGUUCACAGAGGAGCAUAUGUGUGCGAGAAAGGUUGUGAAACAGAAGUCCUACUCAUGCCCGUCCGAUUUCUUCCCAGAAGUCUGCGUCGAAGUAGAGCGACAGGUGGUUGUUGAUUGCAAGAAACUGGCGACAAGGGAAAUCGAGUUUGAGUGCCCGACAAUGACUUCCAAGACAAUCUGUUACAAAGUUCCUCGGACAGUUCCAUCGAUCUGCACACGGGAGAUCUCUAAAUUCUCCAGGCGGCCUUGCCCGAGGAAAGUGAAAGAAUAUGAUUGUCGUACUAAGACAGUUCAAGUUCAGGACACCUGUCCACGAAACAUGGCCGAAGAAGUUCCUUAUCCCUGUGAAAAAGUUCAGAGCCGAUUGGAAUGUGAUGUUCAGUUCCGAGUCGAAGCCGCUACCUGCACCCGCGAAAUCGAUGUGCCUAUCACGUACGAAUAUGAGGCAACCGAGACACAACGACAUUGCAGGGUAGUGAAGAAGCUGCUGAAGAAAACAUGUUCAAAGCGUGUGAUGGUAGAGGAGACGUAUCCAUGCCCGAAAAAAGUUCUCAGGCCCAAAUGUGAGCUAGUGACAGAGGAUCGAGCCAAAACGUGUACACAAACCAGAAUCAAGACUGAGUCGUACCCGUGCCAAAACGUGGUGGUAGAACGAAGGCAAAGCAACUGCACGCGUUUGGCAACGAAGAAAGAAGAGAAGCCGCAGAUCUGUCGUGGUCAAAACGACAAAAACUGCAAAGAAUCAGUAUCGGAAACCGCCGUGGAGACUUAUUCUUGUGAAAAGAAUAUCCCCGUCGUGGUCGCAUCGAGCUGUGAACGGGACGUUCCGUACGAAGCGUUUUUCCCCUGUUCGGAACAGGUUGUUGUUGAAAAAUGCAUGAUGGCUGAAGAGACGAUCCCUGAAACCUGCACGCGUCAAGUCGCUCGAGACGAAGACUACGCAUGUGAGGAAGUCGCUGAGGUGGAGGAAUGCGAGGACACUGCAAAGAAAGCCAAGAGGACGGGAGUGCGCCGAGUCGAUACCCGUAAAGAGCUAUACGAUUGCGACAAGCCAGUCUCAGCGGAAAAGUGCACGGAAAUUUUUGACACGGUUCCGACGACGUGUGUAUCCUCAGUGAUGAAAACUGUGGACCAACCAUGUACGAGAGACGAACUCCAAGAGACUUGCGAAGUUGUCGAGAAAGUUGUAGAGGGAACAUGCAUCGAAGAGGAGACGGUCAAGGAACAAUAUGCGUGCCCGCUGGUGCAGUUUGAAGAGAAGUGCCUCACAGUGCAACACUGGGAACGAGGGAAAUGCACCGAGACAAUCGAAGAAGAAGUGGAUGGGAAGUGCACUCAGAUUGUACCCGCUAUCGAGUGCAAUCCAUCAACAACGGCAGCCAACCGAACAUGUUUCAGUGAGUUCGAGGAGAAUGUCAGCUAUCCAUGUUACUCGCUUCAGUACAGAGAAGAGUGCCAAGAAUACGCCUCUACAGCCGAUGAAACAAAGCAAGAGAACAGGUAG